AUGGACAGGCGUAUCUUGACCUUGAAUCCUGGGCUCCUGUGGGUCACGUCGUCGGAGACCUCAGCUGACGACUUUUUUUACGUCCAUGCUCAUACCCUUGUUCAUUGCGUACACAAGUCCCUAUUACGUGAAUGUCAUUCUCAUAGAUUUCACUCGUCACCAGUGAGAAUAAUCAGAACUGAGUCUGAACAAAUUUUGGCUGCUGAGGAGAUCUCAAAGUUGAGAGCAUCUCAGUCGCCGAUAGCCAUCUCGGUUCAGCGCUGCCCAACUUGGUCCUCUCUCGCACCGCUCAAAUUCAACGGAUAUUGGGAUAAUGAAUCUAAAGGCAACCUCAUCAACACUGGACAAACAGCAUAUUUCACGUUUGACACACGGCAGCAGCCCCGACUGAGCGGUGGGCCGCUGAUAGGGGAGUACAUAUUCGAGCAGAUGCACUUCCACUGGUCCGUCGACGACUUCACAGGCUGCGAGCACGUGCUCGACGGACACGGCUACGCUGCAGAAUGCCACAUGGUGCACUACAACAGCAAGUAUGAGUCAAUGGAGGCGGCAGUGGCGCACCCAGACGGCUUGGCCGUGGUGGGCUACCUGUUAGAGGCGACAGACGCUCCCAACCCCAGCUUCGACAAGUUCGUCGAGGGUCUGGAGAGUAUAAGGAAACCUGAUCACAAUACAAGCGUGUCUGCUCAAUCCCUGGCCUGGAUGAACAGACAGGACGUGACGACGGGCAGCUACGUCACGUACAAUGGUUCCCUGACGACACCUCCGUAUACAGAGUGCGUCACUUGGAUCAUCUUUGAGAAACCCGUCCAAAUUGGAAGCGAGCAGCUAAGCCUACUCAGACAGCUAGAGGGAUCAAACAGCCAGCUGAUAGAGAGGAACGUGCGGCCGACGCAGCGGCACCCGCCCGGACAUUCCGUCAUCUACGUCAAACAAGUCCAGUCCAAAUUGUGA